AUGUCCGAAGCUGGCGGGGCCGGGCCGGGCGGCGGCGGGGCAGGAGCCGGGGCGGGGGCCGGGCCCGGGGCGCUACCCCCGCAGCCCCCCGCGCCGCCGCCCGCGCCCCCGCAGGGCUCCCCGUGCGCCGCCGCCGGGGGCUCGGGCGCCUGCGGACCGGCGACGGCAGUGGCGGCGGCGGGCACGGCCGAAGGACCGGGAGGCGGCGGCUCGGCCCGGAUCGCCGUGAAGAAGGCGCAGCUGCGCUCCGCUCCGCGGGCCAAGAAACUGGAGAAACUCGGAGUGUACUCCGCUUGCAAGGCCGAGGAGUCUUGUAAAUGUAACGGCUGGAAAAAUCCCAACCCCUCUCCUACUCCCCCUAGGGCUGACCUGCAGCAAAUAAUUGUCAGUCUAACGGAAUCCUGUCGGAGUUGUAGCCAUGCUCUAGCUGCUCAUGUUUCCCACCUGGAGAAUGUGUCAGAGGAAGAAAUGAACAGACUCCUGGGAAUAGUGUUGGAUGUGGAAUAUCUCUUUACUUGUGUCCACAAGGAAGAAGAUGCAGAUACCAAACAAGUUUAUUUCUACCUUUUCAAGCUCUUGAGAAAGUCUAUUUUACACAGAGGAAAACCUGUGGUUGAAGGUUCUUUGGAGAAGAAACCCCCAUUUGAAAAACCUAGUAUUGAACAGGGUGUGAAUAACUUUGUACAGUAUAAAUUUAGUCAUCUACCAUCAAAAGAAAGACAAACAAUAGUUGAGCUGGCAAAAAUGUUCCUAAACCGCAUCAACUAUUGGCAUCUGGAGGCACCAUCUCAACGAAGACUGCGAUCUCCAAAUGAUGAUAUUUCUGGAUACAAAGAGAACUACACAAGGUGGCUGUGUUAUUGCAAUGUGCCACAGUUCUGUGAUAGUCUACCUCGGUACGAAACCACCCAGGUGUUUGGGAGAACAUUGCUUCGCUCAGUCUUCACCGUUAUGAGGCGACAACUCCUGGAACAAGCAAGACAGGAAAAAGACAAACUGCCUCUUGAGAAACGAACGCUAAUCCUCACCCAUUUCCCAAAGUUUCUAUCCAUGUUAGAAGAAGAAGUUUAUAGUCAAAACUCUCCCAUCUGGGAUCAGGAUUUUCUCUCAGCCUCUUGCAGGACCAGCCAACUAGGAAUUCAGACAGUUAUCAAUCCACCUCCUGUGGCUGGGACCAUUUCAUACAACUCAAACUCAUCUUCUCUUGAGCAGCUGAAUGGAGGGAGCACCAGCCCUGCCUGCAAAGCCUCUUCUGGGCUUGAGGUAAACCCAGGAGAAAAGAGGAAGCUGAAUGACUCUCACCCUCUGGAGGAGGCCAAGAAACCCCGUGUUACCGGGGAUAUUCCGAUGGAAUUGAUCAACGAGGUCAUGUCUACCAUCACAGACCCUGCAGCGAUGCUGGGACCAGAGACCAAUUUUCUGUCAGCCCAUUCGGCAAGGGAUGAAGCAGCAAGGCUAGAAGAACGCAGAGGUGUGAUUGAAUUUCACGUAGUCGGCAAUUCCCUGAACCAGAAACCCAACAAGAAGAUCCUGAUGUGGCUGGUUGGCCUACAGAACGUGUUCUCCCAUCAGCUGCCUCGAAUGCCAAAAGAGUACAUCACGCGGCUUGUCUUUGACCCGAAACACAAAACCCUCGCUUUAAUUAAAGAUGGCCGCGUUAUUGGUGGUAUCUGUUUCCGUAUGUUCCCAUCCCAAGGAUUUACAGAGAUUGUUUUCUGUGCUGUAACCUCAAAUGAGCAAGUCAAGGGCUAUGGAACACACCUGAUGAAUCACUUGAAAGAAUAUCAUAUAAAACAUGACAUCUUGAACUUCCUCACAUAUGCAGAUGAAUAUGCAAUUGGGUACUUCAAGAAACAGGGUUUUUCCAAAGAAAUUAAAAUACCUAAAACCAAAUAUGUUGGCUACAUCAAGGAUUAUGAAGGAGCCACUUUAAUGGGAUGUGAGCUAAAUCCACGGAUCCCAUACACAGAAUUUUCUGUCAUCAUUAAAAAACAGAAGGAGAUAAUUAAAAAGCUGAUAGAAAGAAAACAAGCCCAGAUUCGAAAAGUCUACCCUGGACUUUCAUGUUUUAAAGAUGGAGUUCGACAGAUUCCUAUAGAAAGCAUUCCUGGAAUUAGAGAGACAGGCUGGAAACCAAGUGGAAAAGAGAAAAGUAAAGAGCCCAAAGACCCUGACCAGCUUUACAGCACACUCAAGAGCAUCCUCCAGCAGGUGAAGAGCCAUCAAAGCGCUUGGCCCUUCAUGGAACCUGUGAAGAGAACAGAAGCUCCGGGAUAUUAUGAAGUGAUAAGGUUCCCCAUGGAUCUGAAAACCAUGAGCGAACGCCUCAAGAAUAGGUACUACGUGUCUAAGAAAUUAUUCAUGGCAGACUUACAGCGAGUCUUUACCAAUUGCAAAGAGUACAACCCCCCUGAGAGUGAAUACUACAAAUGUGCCAAUAUCCUGGAGAAAUUUUUCUUCAGUAAAAUUAAGGAAGCUGGAUUAAUUGACAAGUGAUUUUUUUUUUUUUUCCUCUGCUUCUAGAUACUCAUCAAGCAGUGUGCCUAAAGCAAAGGUGGUUUAGUUUUACAAAGAAUUGGACAUAAUGUACUGAACUAAAUGUAAUAAUUAGCACUUUUGAAAAACAAAAACCUCCUCUUAGCUUUUCAGAUAUGUAUUUAAAUUGAAGUCAUAGAACAUUUUUAUUUUAUGGAAUAGAUUUCGAUCUAUUUGCUACUAUUAAUGUAAAUUUUCUACGGCAUCGUCCAUUAGCCGAAUAUUCAAUAAUCAUCUGGGGUUUCCUCAAAACCUGUGUCUGAGGAAAUUGCACAUAGUACCAAGAUUUGGGGAAAUCCAGAAAAAUUUUCAGACCGUGAAUGUUUUCUUUCUUUUUUUUUUUUCUAAUGGAGUAUGAGAGUUUAUUUUUAUUGUUUUCUGAAGGACUUUAAGGAAGGGAUCCAUGAUAAAAAAAAAGAAACCCGAAAAAGGUGAUCUGAUGUUUGAUGUCUCAUCGUAGACUUUUUAUAUAUAUUUUUUAAAAAACACUGAGCUAGAUGAGGUGCUUUGAGCAGUUCUGAAAAAAUGCAGUUCUGAAAAAGCAACUGCUUUGAUUCCUAAGGAAGAGAUUCUAAGUAACGCAAACUUUUUAUAAGCAUCUGGUUUUUUGAUAGUUCUGUCUACCUAAAACAAACUUGUGAGUGCAUAACCACUAUUUUAAUAAUUAUUUUCUCUACCAAGUGUGUAAUGUCAUAUUUGACUUUGCUUAUGCAGGACAUAAGUUCCAAAAGGUCAUUUCCAGGGUCAUAAAGGCAUACACUUGAAAAAACUUGAGACUGAAUCUAUAUGCUUUAAUAGGAAAAAAAAAAUUGUUAUUUGUAGAUAUAAAAUCUGGUGAAUUCUAGUUCUUAUGAACAAAGUUUUUUUUUUUCUUUUCUAUGAUACAUCCAACCCCACUGAUAAUACACAUAUGUGCACAUUUUUUUCCCCCAGUGCAUCUGUAAAUUUUAUUCAUUGUCUGAGAUGAAUUAAAUGCCCACCGAGGUUUGCUGUCAGUAUUUUAAUACCCACACUGGUAGAUAGGCCCAGGGUCUGUCCCACUAAAACCCAUCAUACAACCUUUAUUACCCUGCCUUGGGAUUCCAGCUUAGUGCUUGGAUUUAUUUUCUGAUUACACUACAUAGAAAAGUGGGACAUUUUCCAUCUCAACUCUGGAAAAAUGAAUGAAUAUAAAACAUAAAUGAAGACCAUCUCGAUGGUCUUGACACUAAUUUUUAUGAUGCAGAUUUAUAGAUGGAUUUUUGUAAAGGACUAGCUUUUAAAAGUGUAUGUAACUUGAUGUUUUAUAUCAGCAUAAGUAAAUGAAAAUGAUCAUUAAUAGUCGUAAACAGUUGCCAGAGAUAAUGUGCAAGAAGGAAACAAAACAAAACAAAUGGCUGUUAAGUUGAAAGUGUGGUUUUUGCUACGUAAGAGAUAUUCAGAAUGCUCAACUGAAAAAUGCCUCAACUUUUAAAAGUAAAAGAAACCACCUUGAGUGGCAUCUAGAUUUCUAAUGAAGAGUUACGAUACAGUUUGGAUUCAGUAUCUUGGCCUGGUUUUAAACAAGACUUUGUACCGGAUCUGCCAAAGCAUCUGUCCAGCCUGGUAUCCUGUGAAAGUUUGUUAUUUUCUGGGUAGACAUUCUUAGAGAGUAUUGUCUUUAAAAUCAGAUUGUCUCUUCUAUAUUGAAAGCAUUUUUAUGGUUUCUAAUUUAAAAAUUAAUAUUUUCUUAUAGAUAUUGUGCAAUAAAGCUGAAGUAGGAUGUGUGUGGUUUUUGCAAAUGCUUUAACAGCUGAUAAAAUUUUACAUUUGUAAAAUUAAUAUAUUGUACUGGUACAAAAUAGUUUUAAAUUAUAUUUAAAAAAAAAAAAAAAGCUCCCAAUCUGGUGGUGUGUUUUUUUCUUCAAGCAGAUUGAAGUUAAAUGUACAGUAUAGUUGAUGACUUAUCGAUUAUAUCCUUCAUCCUUAGGUAUAAGAAUUUUGUUGAAGAUGUUUUUAGAAUUGUUAUGUUUGUGAGUGGUUUCAUAAGAAUCUACAGCCCAUCAGUGAAAGGCUGUAAAGAGGAGAAAUAUGUACCACCUCCCUAGAGCCAUCCACUGCAUCUUGCCUACUGCCACCCGUUAAAAAAAAAAAAAAGUCUCCCAGAAGAAGAGUGUUAACUGGUUUUGAAAUCAAAAGAAGGUAUACUUGUUCCAGUCUUUCUACUUUGCCUCUGUGA